AUGGAGCGCUGGAUGGACGAAGAGGACGCAGCGGAAGAGGAGCUGCGACUGCUGGAGGUCAUGCACCACGUGUCGACUGCGGUGCAGCAGUUGAAUCAGGUGCUGGCCACGCUCAAUCGACAGACGGUCGCGCUGAGUAAGGAGCUCGGAACUGCCGAACGGCAGCUGAACGCCCUGUACCUGCCCUUCCAAGCUGCGAUUUACGAGAUACAGAGCGCAAGCGACAAUGGACGACGGGCGACGAUGUCGGUGCCUACUGUCGCUCCCGUCUUGACACCUGAAGCUCAACGGACAGAGCUAUGA